AUGCGGAGGGGGCUGCCGCCGCUCCGCCGCUGGCUCGGGGGGCGGCCGGCCGGGCCCACGGGACUCCGCGGGCUCUGCAGCGCCGCCGCCGGCCGCGCCGCGCCGCCCCCCGGGGAGAGCGGAGACGGCACCAAGCCCAACAUGCCUACUUUUGGCUUCCUCUUAGACAUUGACGGGGUACUGGUACGAGGAAAGACUCCAAUUCCUGCUGCAAAAAAAGCCUUUCAAAAGCUAGUUAAUUCUCAGGGACAAUUCUUGGUGCCGGUAGUAUUUGUCACCAAUGCAGGAAACUGCCUUCGCCAGAAGAAAGCUGAUCAGUUGUCUCAUAUUUUGGGAGUGCCGAUUUCACAAGACCAAGUUGUGAUGUCUCAUAGUCCUUUACGGAUGUUCAAACGUUACCAUGACAAAUGCGUUCUGGUGUCUGGGCAAGGACCACUUCUUGACAUUGCCAAAUAUCUGGGUUUUUGUCAACCUAUUACCAUUGAUAUACUGCGUGAGACAUACCCUUUACUGGAUAUGGUUGACCAUGACAGACGGCCUAAAGUUUUGCAUUUGCCAGCUGUGGAACUUCCCAGAAUUGAGGCUGUUGUUUUGUUUGGAGAACCAGUCAGAUGGGAGACUAAUCUUCAACUGAUAAUAGAUGUUCUGCUGACUGGCGGCUGUCCUGGAAAGCCACAUCAUCAAGCCAGUUACCCACAUAUACCCGUGCUUGCUUGUAAUAUGGAUCUGAUGUGGAUGGCUGAAGCACAGUCUCCAAGAUUUGGGCAUGGAACAUUCAUGGUUUGUUUGGAAAAUAUUUACAAGAAGAUCACUGGCAAAGAACUGAAAUAUGAGGCCUUGAUGGGCAAACCCAGUGAACUGACCUAUCACUAUGCAGAGUACCUGGUUAGGACGCAGGCAGCACAAAGACACUGGAAGAAGCCUAUUCAAACUCUUUAUGCCAUUGGGGACAACCUAAUGACUGAUGUCUAUGGUGCUAACCUUUAUAAUCGUUACCUUGAAGAGAAGAAUUCCAGAAAAGGUUCCAAAGGGCGUAUCCAGGCCAAAGUUGCUGCUGGGACCAGGUCUGCCACUAUUUCUCAGGAUGAUGAAAUAGACCACACUUGGCAAAAUGAACUAGCACCUGCUACUGCCACCAAUUGUAGGUCUGUUCUUGUUUGUACUGGGGUUUACAAUCCUCACACAGAGGUGCCCUCUGACCCCAGAGAGAGUAUAACUGAGACUGUGUUCCAUGGUCACAGAGAUUUUAGAUUUGAUCCUGCUUUGGUAGAGCCAGACCAUAUUGUACCAGAUGUUGAUGCUGCUGUAGAUCUGAUCUACCAAUUGGAGAAUUUUGCACCUGAUCAAGAUACUAGAACUUUUUAAGGAUUCUUCAUCCAAAAGCACAUCAGGAUUUACAGCACAGUACAAAAUGUUGCUUUCUAACACGUCUAACCCUUUAACCUCAAUAUUUUAAAACACUUUCCUUAACUGGCCUCUCCUACAUAGCACACCAGAACUGGCCUUGUUUGUCAUAAUUACCUCCUGACCGUAAUGUUAUGAGGAAAGUAGAAUUUCCAUGUAUUUUAAAAUUUAUUAAUCAUGUGUCUGACAUUUCUUCUGUCAAUUGUACACCGCUACCUCGAUAUAACGCCACCCGAUAUAACACAAAUUUGGAUAUAACGCGGUAAAGCAGUUCUCCGGGGGGGGAGGGCUGCGCACUCCGGUGGAUCAAAGCAAGUUCAGUAUAACACAGUUUCACCUAUAACGCAGUAAGAUUUUUUGGCUCCCAAGGACAGCGUUAUAUCGAGGUAGAGGUGUAUUUAACUGCAAACAGUGCAAUGCAGAGAGGUGCAACAGUGCAAACAAUGCAUAGUUUUUUACUUGAAACUUCAAACCAAUGUUGUUUCUAACCUGCCUUAGGUCUAAUAUGCAGCUGAGUUUGUCAUGUGUCUAAGUAUCAUAUGUUUGUUUUAACAGGUCACUAUUCCCAUGGCUAUUUGUUUUAAACAGAGAUUUAAUUUAUUUCAUCUGUUACCAUUUUUAUAAAACACUUCAACUGUUUUAACACAAAGAGAUUGUCUUCUGAAAUAUUAUUUAUAGCUUGCUCUGGUUAUAACACUGUAGGUCUACUUGCAAAGCAUGCUUUGCACAUGUCCUAUGUUGCAUGAGCAAAAAUAGGCCAAACUAACUAGCAAUUGUUGGACCAAUGACAUAGCAACAUCAGUUAAUUGCAGGAUAUACACGUUCUCUUGUAACUUCAUACAUGGAAUCUUCUUUGGUCUGGAAACUCCUUUUUUAUAGAUGAAAAUCCCAGGAUCUGCAACUAACUGUUUUUGUUUUGUUUUGUUUUUUUUAUAUGGGUGAGACAUUAGAUCUGCUCUCUUUAAAUAGGAACCUGACAAUGUUCAGUGAAAAGACCUUCUGGCCAGCUUUUCUUUUCACAUCUUCAUUUAAAUUAGCAGCAUGAAAUCGAGAAAGCUGUAAAGUCAUUGAGUGGUGGGGAGAGAAGAUUGAUGUCAAAUCUUUUCAAGCAGUGUUUUUAUUACUCUUUACAGACUUUUUGAGUCCGUUCUCUACCAUCAUCACUGCUGAUUCAGUGACUCCUAAUGUUGCCAUAAACAGACUCUAACGAAUAUUAACAGAAUCUAAUCUUCUAGAUUUAAUUACUUUGAUAUGGCCUGCUAAACCCAGGGUUGCAAGUUCAAUCCUUGAAGGGGCCAUUUAGGGAACUGGGGUAAGAAUCUGUCUGGGGAUUGGUCCUGCUCUGAGCAGGGGGUUGGACUAGAUGACCUUCUGAGGUCCCUUUCAACCCUAAUCUUCUAUGAUCUUCUAUAAUAUGAGUUGAGUGGGUUUCCUGCUCCUUCACUGAAAAAACUACAGCAGCAAUACUGUGUGCUUGUGGCUUGUCUUUACUGGUUCUUUCUGUUGUGACCAACCACAUGUGCCUCUUUCUUUAGCAGCACGCUGUGCCAUCUAAGUGUACGGAACACUUGUAUGUAAAGACUAUGGUUAGGGAAUUUUGAAAUGCCAGGAUUAUACUAAAGCUCUGCCACAUUUUAGUACUGAAGAGUGUUGCAGAAUUCUUUAACUCCUAAUGCAGGAAAGUGGCCUCAACAUACAUCAUGGAGAAAAGUGUGGAGGUUGACGAAGAACAGAAGACAGUCUAGUGAAUGUUUGUUUUCGUGUGUGUGUGUGUGUGUGUGUGUGUGUGUGUCUUUCAUAUAUUUAAAAAGAGCUCGCACCUACGGAAGUGCUUCCAGCACCUAGUCUGAUGUACAGCUUAUGCAAGAAUAAUGUAUGCAGCUUGUCCAAACCAACUAAAAUAUUAACUCACACUUCAGCUGUUUGGAAAACAUUUAGUCAUAUUAGAGAUGUAGCAAAAUACUUAGCAUAAUACAGUCGCUAACAAAACUUUCUUUUACCUUUUGCAAUCAAUUAAGCUUUAACUGAAAGUAAGGAAUUGAAGCUCCUUAGCAGUUUACAUGUCUGAGAGAGGUCUUGUUUAUUCUUUUGGUUAUUAGGCUCUGUUUUUAAUUUAAUGCACAUGAAGGUGAUACUCUAAGAAAAAAUAUUAUCCUUUGACUUCUGUGGCUUCUGUUCAUCUUGGGGAGGGUGCAGAAUCCAGACUAGUGUGAAAGAAGUGUUGUACAAGCAAUAAAUGCCACCCUUUGCCAAUUAACUACAAAAUUGGGCAGUGUCUCAAGUACUGUAAAUUAAACUAAAAUAUAGUGAUCCCAUGUUUGGGAACCGGAUAACUAAAAUCAAGAUAUGGAAAUCCCCAAAGGAUAAUCUUCAAAUGGUCUUCAUAGUGGAGAGAGGGCCUUAAUUUACAGGUCUGCAUGGUAACUACAUGCAUUAUUCCCCUGAGGAGUCAAAUUAAUAUCAUAUCAGACAUAGGAAAAGACCAGUAAUAUGAGUUUAACCAUUUCUAGACACUUCCAAGGCAAGCACUGAAGCUGACAUUCUAUAACUGCUGGGGCUAACCUUUGAGAGGUGUUUUUUCCCUGUUCUGCCCCAUUAGCUGUCUUUUCAGUAUCUCUUUCUUCCACCCAUCUCAGGUUCCUACACUCAUCACACUGGAAUUGGCAGUGUUUCCCACACAUUGCUCCUAUGGCAUCUAAACCCUAUAUUAAGCGGGCCACUGUGCAGGUAUAGUAGCAUCUGCAGAUUUAAAAUUUAGUACUAAAACAGCUAGAAGGUUCGUGUUUGAAUUCCCAGAAAGUAGCAUUUGCUCCUCAUUUCUCUGAAUAUGUUUUAUUCUUCAUCAUUGUACUUUUUGAAAAAUAGUGUAUCCUGUACUCAUUUUUACUGAAAUAAA